AUGGAACUAGAAAUGUUAUUUUAUCUGCUCAUGGUUUCUUCUUCAAGGGACUUAUGCAACAGGGUUAAGCAGCACUUUUUUGGAAGAGUCUUCCCCAUCUGCAGCUUCAGCCUCUCCUCACAUCUCUGGGGCCCCCUUGCGGUCACGCAGAUUUAAACGUUGUUCCUGUUCAUCCCUUAUGGACAAAGAAUGUGUAUACUUCUGUCAUCUAGACAUCAUUUGGAUCAACACACCAGAAAAAACGGUGCCUUAUGGUCUCGGUGGGCCUCGCUUGAAACGUUCAUUGCAGGACACAAAGACGGAGUCUACAGACAGGUGUAUCUGUGCCAAGCGUGAGGACAAGAAAUGCCUGGAUUUCUGCCAAGCCUCAGCAGAGCUCAGGUGUGUGCAAAUAUUUUCAGUAUGUAGGACUGACAAAGCUAACUCUGAGUACACCUGUAGCAGAGGUUGCCUUUAUCUGGAAAGGAUGUGUUGUGAAAAGGUGUUCCUUGGCUUGUGCCUUACAAUGCUUUGUUUUCUUACAGUGUCCAGCCUUUGCUGA